CUCUUCCUAAAUAUGUGCAUGCAUAUUGUAGUGCAACAUGCUGAUGUAUUUAUUAACAGACCUCUCUGGUUGAGCCCUUCUUCUACAGAAAGUGAGAACGUGACCACAGUGACAGCCUUCAUCCUCCUGGGCUUUACAGAAAAGCCAGAAAUGUGCCCUCUCUUCUCAGUCGUCUUCCUUCUCCUGUACGUGCUCACUGUUUUGGGCAAUGGCUGGAUGAUCACUUUGAUCAGAUCUGAGCAGCAUCUUCACACUCCCAUGUACUUCUUCCUCAGUAAUCUCUCUGUCUUGGAUCUUUGUUACUCCUCCGUUAUUGCACCCAAAGCACUGGAGGUUCACCUGCACUGCGGCAGGACUUCACUUUCCGUGCCAGCCUGUGCCACUCAGAUGUUCUGCUUCACCAUGCUGGUGACUGCUGAGUGUUUCCUCCUGGCAGUCAUGGCAUAUGAUCGAUUCAUGGCUAUUUGUCACCCAUUGACCUACGUUUUGCUCAUGACCCAAGGCCGCUGUACCUGCCUUGUGCUGGGCGCUUACUGCUGCGGUCUUGUGGGCUCUCUCAUUCAGACAAGUGGGGCUUUCCGCCUAUCUUACUGCGGACCCAAUCGGAUCAACCACUUCUUCUGUGACAUCCCUGCAGUCUUGAAGCUCUCCUGCUCGGACACCUGGCUUUCUGAAGUGAUCCUUUUCAUUUCCACCAGUGUAAUUGCUGUGGUGACCACAACCAUCAUCUUCAUCUCCUACACCCAGGUUUUGCUUAAUGUCCUGAGGAGUCACACUGGUCAAGGGAGACGGAAGGCUCUUUCUACCUGCACGUCCCACCUCACCACUCUUGGUCUCUUCUAUGGGACUGCAAUCUUCAUGUAUGCCCAACCAAGGACCAAGGCUGGGUCACAAGACCAAGAUAAAGUUGUUUCCAUGUUCUACACUUUGGUAAUCCCUAUGCUGAACCCAUUGAUCUACAGCUUGAGAAACAAGGAUGUGAAAGAAGCUAUGAAGCAUCUGAGAAGCAGGAAGAUAGUAGGCCUAUUCAUGAAGUAG